AUGUCUUUUCCGGAAUAUUUUGAUUUAGAAGGUGGAGACCGCAUGCCGCGAAUUGGAUUUGGAACAUGGCAGGCUCCACCAGAUGUUUUGGAGAAAUCCGUGGAUGAAGCUUUGGCGGCAGGAUACAGACAUUUUGACUCGGCUCGUGCAUAUGAAAAUGAAAGUGCCUUGGGGAGUGCUCUCAACCGCUGGAUUGGCGGGGAUCCGGAAAAGAGAAAAGAACUGUUUGUAGUCACUAAACUACCACCUGGAGGUAACAACCCAGAACUAGUUGAACAAUAUUUUAAUUCAUCGCUUCGUGACUUGGGAUUAGAUUACAUAGAUCUUUACCUCUUACAUGUGCCAUUCGGUUUCGAGCAUAUUCCAGGAGAUCUGCAUCCAAAGAAUCCAGAUGGAAGCAUGAAGUUUGAUUAUAAAACUGACCUUCUUGGCGUAUGGAAGGCUAUCCUUAAGUUAAAGGAUUCCGGCCGUGUACGUCACGUAGGAGUGUCUAACAUGAAUGAAGAGCAACUCAACCGAUUAUGCACUAUUCGCAAGCCAGCGUGCUUGCAGAUUGAAGUGCAUGUUCUCUGCCAACAGAAAUCUCUGAUAGCCGUCGCUAACAAACUGGGCAUUCCAGUCGUCGCGUACUCGCCUUUGGGUUCUAAAGCACUAGCUGACGCUCUUAGCGCCAAGAAUGGGCGCAUAUAUCCAAACCUUCUAGAACUAUCAGAAGUUCAACAAAUCGCAAAGACACAUUCACGUACGCCAGCACAAAUUUUACUUCGCUUCUUACUUCAACAUGGAGUAGCUGUGAUUCCUAAAAGCACUAAUCCAACGAGAAUCAAACAGAAUAUCUCAUUAUGGGACUUUGAGCUGAGCGACAAAGAAAUGCAAGUGCUAACUGCAUUAGACCGCGGGGAGAAUGGAAGAAUCUGUGAUUUCACGUUUUUCGUUGGCAUAGAAAAGCAUCCUGAAAACCCAUUUAAGAAGCAA